AUGCAGGCUGCUUUAAGGGCCAAUGAGCUCGCCAACAGAAAGGAGCUUUGGAAUUUGCGCGCCGACAUCGAGAAGGAGAAGCUGCGUCACGUGGCUCCAUUUCCUUUUUUCGGACGGGCGAUGCGCUUCCAGGACAAGUUUGCGGCGCUUCAGAUUACUGAUGAUGGUCGCUUUAGCUACUCCUUUGUGGGCUUGAACCACGAGAAGACUUCUUGCAUGGCCCGCAGCCUACAACUCUUGCCGAAAGCGGUCGUGAUUGCGCUUCUCGCGGCCGUGGCCAUGGCUUCCACGUCACCGUCUUUCCCUCCAGAGCGCCUUGCUGCGGCAGCCACACCAGUGCUGAAGGCCGCUGUGCACGAGAAGUUGAGGCACGGAUUGCAAGUUGCAGCAAUGGCCGGGGCUCAAGACGGACUUGGCAGCUUCUUGGCACAUGCCAUGGCAUGGGGUGAAUUCAGCAGGCCAGGGGACAACUUCUGGGAGGCAUAUCGGUACUCGUACUUUGUGGUUCAAGAGGAUCACAGGAAAAGUGCGCCGUCAACCAACAGUCAAGUUGACCAGUUCCUGUACCGGGUUGAGUAUCCAGCCAGCUUCUACGAUGAGGUCUUCCAGAGUCGCACUGUUCAGAGCCUUGCUGCCGUGGCUGGCGACUUGCUUCUGGGCGCAGCUACGUUUCGCACGACAUUUUCCGAGCCCCGCUUCGAUAUGGCAUCGGUCCUGCAAGGUGGCAUUCAGUCCUGCAUGGAUGGCUAUGCAGGCUACAUACUGACGCUGGGUGUCGUUGAUGGUGCUCGUGGGCAUGGGCUCGCCAAGGUCUUGCUGCAGCAAUCCAUCAAGCGAAUCCAGGCAGUGCUCCCCAAAGUUCGAGCGAUUUGGGUACAUGUCGCCUGCUACAACAAACAGGCAUUGGCACUCUACGAGACACAGGGGCUGCAAUUCGUGCGCUGCUUUCCUCGCUUCUACAGCUUCUACAACAAGUCCUGGGACUCACUGCUCUACGUGCUGUACUUGAAUGGUGGCAAGCCGCCGGAGCGCUUGUCACUUCAGGUGGCCCAAGAUGAGAUUGCAGCCACCUUGAGCUGCCACAGCUUCGGAGAGCUGUGGGAGCGGGUGGGCUUCUGGAUCUCCAGCCUGGCAGGACGUUGUGGUUGCCGGCACAGGUCCAACAAGAAGAAGAGCUGA